AUGGCCAAAUUUCUCAACCAAAGCAGCCGCAGAGCCGCAACGGCAGCAUCAUCGCCUUUCGGCUCGAAGAUGGGAAUUUUCCGUGUGCAGACUGUGCCUCAGCCAUCAGCCCUCCUAGACCUUCGGUUUAGCCCUCAUGACGGCCAUCGCAAUAUCUGCGCGGUGGUUUCGAGCACUGCCACCCUUGCUUUGUUUAGGCUUUUCCCUGACGAGGAGGAGCCUCUAAGGCACAUCAACACUAUGGACAUUGCAGCUAUGUCUCACGGCGAGAUCCAGCUCACGCCCGGUGAAGAGAUCCUGUUUACCUCAUUUGGCUGGCACCCCUCGCGGGUGGGCAUGAUGGUCAUCACCACCUCGACCGGACAUGUGUAUCUCGUACAGUUAACCACCCUCGACGGGAAUUGGGAGCUGACUUCAGAACCUGUCAUCACACACACGCUUGAGGCUUGGUGUACCGUCAUAUCCCCCCUGCCCGUCACUCCAACCCGCGCCGACGAGACGCAAAAGACUGAGGAGUUGUCUUUCCGUGUUUAUUCCGGGGGCGACGAUUCCAUGUUUCGCUCACGGACGUGUAACUGGAAUGAAGGGAGUCUUGCCCAGUCUCUUCCUGCCCUUGAGUCGAGAGACCAUGAUGCCGGAGUCACAGCCAUUCUGCCUCUCUUCACACAAGAUAACCAUGAGCUCGUCGUCACCGGAAGCUAUGACGAAUACAUCAGGCUUUUCUUAGUUCCGCCUUUUGGCAGGCCAAAAAAUCUCGCUGAGGGGAUGCUCGGCGGCGGGGUUUGGCGGUUGAACUUGAUUGACCUGGACACAACCUCCACACAGAACUACACUUGGCGAGCUAGGAUACUGGCUUCUUGUAUGCAUGCUGGUCCAAGAGUUGUUGAGCUCCUGAAAUCGGGAGCCGGGGAGUACCUGUUCAAGGUUCUCGGCCGUUUUGAGGAACACAAAAGCAUGAACUACGGAAGCGAUUUCCAACCAGGGUGGGAGAACAUGUUGUCGGUUGUGUCAACCAGCUUCUACGACAAAUUGUUGUGUCUGUGGGAAUUCGAGAUAGCCUGA